GAAUAUCUGCUUUCUAAGCUCCGCUAGAGUCGCAUCACAUGGCCGUAUAGACUGGUCGCUUUGUUUUGCCCUCUUUUGGCGGCAUCUUUGCGCAAAACCGACUUUGCGCCAGCUUGAGCUCCUCCUAACCCUCGGCGACUGGUCUAGCUCCAGCUUUCGGACCACCACGACCCCAAACACGUAACCAUCUCACCUGCAAUCCGAGCUUCGAUGAGCCGCGGCAGCCUUUAAUACCACUUUUCCAUCGCAAACGCGUCCACGGCUCCGAGUUCGCAACCAUCUUAACGCCGACGGAUCGGUAAAGCCGAAAUGAAUCCAGCGCACCGCGACGGGUGGCCGCCGUCACAGGCCGCCGCGCCUGGCCAACAACAAACGGAACACAACCAGGGACAGGGUCCGCGUCCACUUGGGUCAUACGGACAGAACAACGCGAACCCACAAGCCCCGCCACAUGCGUCGCCUGCUCAAGGCCCGGGGUCGGUGCUCCCUCCGCCAUCUGCGCCCUCUUUCUACUCGUCAAACGCCGCGACAGCCCAUAAUCAGAACCUCCCUGCGCUGUCAGGACUGACGGGACAGCCCCCUCACACUUCGCCCCACAUGUCUGCCCAGAGACCGCCCUCGUCGGAGGCGGGGACCAUGGCGCAAAGCCACCAGGGCCCUCCCCCGGGCCCACAAUACUCGCUACCUGGUAUUUCUCAAGCGCUACAACAGCCACACAUGCAGCCUCAAGAACAGACCAAUGCAGACCGAGAUCGAGAACUGCGCGAGGCGCGAGAACGCGAUAUCAUGGAAUCGCAUGCUGCACAGCAAGAUGAGAUCGUGAAGCGUGAGGCAGAGCUGCACGAGCGUCAACAGCGUGAGCAGGCAGCACACCAGAACCACUCUGCGCCCAUACAGAUUCACCAGCCCGUAGCAGUAGCACCAUCGACGCGGACGAUCCAUGGACCCAAUGGCCUACUUGGGCAAUCGGGGCCUCUGGGCGGACCAAAUCCACUCACAGGACCAAGUGGCUCUGGACUCAUAUUUGGAAAUGCGCCUGUCCAGCAUGACCAAACUACACCCAGGAUGCAGCAUGCUGUGCAACCACCAACCCAGGCUCAGAUGCUCAUGCCAUUUGCAGGCCCACCAGGUGCGAUGGGCAUGGGCCAGGGCCAACAGCCCAUCCUGAACGACGCACUGAGCUAUCUCGACCAAGUCAAGGUUCAGUUCGCCGACCACCCUGAUGUCUACAACAGAUUCCUCGACAUCAUGAAGGAUUUCAAGAGUGGCGCAAUCGAUACUCCAGGCGUCAUUGAGCGAGUUAGUACCUUGUUCGCAGGUAAUCCGAAUCUAAUCCAGGGGUUCAACACAUUUCUCCCGCCAGGAUAUAAGAUUGAAUGCGGCACCAAUGGCGACCCGAAUGCGAUUCGAGUGACGACGCCUAUGGGAACGAUGGUUUCCACAAUGCCUGCCCCAAGACCUCUUUCACCACCGCGUGGCAAUCUUGUCAAUGGUAACGCUGCGCCUCAGCAUGAAACCACCUACUACGAAACGGCUCAGGGUCGACCUUGGCCUCCACAGCCAAGAGCUCAAGGUCCUGAGGGGCAGGAUACGAUGUUCUCUCCAAACAAUCGUAACCUAGGACAGUCGUUACUGUAUGGCGUACAGCAAGGUCAGCAAGGUCCAGCGCCAAUUUCACCAGAAGUCACCGUACGCCCUCUUCCCGACGCCGUCAGCACCGCUGCUGCUCUCGCGCACCAACAAGAGCAAAGGGGAGUAUCACAGCUUCAGAAUGCUGUCACCGCUGCCACUGGUGGCUCUAUUCUCUCGCCGAGUGCGGGCAACGCUACGCCUCUUCCGGUUCAGGCAAUGAACGGUGCAGUUCAGGUUGCACAGAUGGGGAGCCUUGGAGCUGAGAAACGAGGUCCUGUCGAGUUCAACCAUGCCAUUAGCUAUGUCAACAAGAUCAAGAAUCGCUUCGCCUCGCAGCCCGACAUCUACAAGCAAUUUCUGGAAAUACUGCAGACGUAUCAACGCGAGUCAAAGCCAAUCCAGGAUGUAUACGCUCAAGUCACCGGCCUGUUCAGUUCUGCACCAGAUCUUUUGGAGGACUUCAAGCAGUUUCUCCCAGAGUCAGCUGCUCAGCACCGGGCACAACAACAAGCGGCGAGGAAUGCUGCUGAAGAUGCAGUGAUGCUGACUAACGUUCGAGGUGACGCUGGCUACGGUCAGACGCCAAACCUCCAGCAAACCCCACGCGCAGACACUUCUCGACUACCUCCUAUGGGUAAUUUUGCGCCUACGCCAACAGCAAACCGUGAUAACAAGCGGAAGCGCGAGCGUCAGGGCCCUGUGGCGGCAGCCAUGCCUGCGCCGAUGACCCAGGAACCGCCGACUUCGAACAUGCGUGGCUCAUACGGACAAAGUACCGUGAACAAGCGUACGAAAACAGGCCAUGCUGCCAAACAAGCAGUACCUGAUGGUCCACCAGUUUCUCCUACACUCACUCCCGCGCUGCCAGAGCCCAUGCCGCCAACGAACACCACGACCCCGAACCAAGACGAGCUGGCUUUCUUCGAUCGCGUUAAGAAGUUUAUUGGAAAUAAGAACACUAUGAACGAAUUCUUGAAGCUGUGCAACCUCUUCUCCCAAGAUUUGAUCGACAAGCAGCUGCUGAUCUACCGAGCACAAGCUUUCAUUGGUGGAAAUCAAGAGCUGUUUGCGUGGUUCAAAAAGUUCAUGGGCGAGGACGAAGAGCAACAAAAGACAAGACCCAAGACUGUCAACUCGCGAGUUUCGUUAUCGAAUUGCCGCAGUCUUGGACCUAGUUAUAGGUUGCUUCCCAAGCGUGAGCGCGAGCGGGUUUGCAGCGGGCGCGAUGAGCUUUGCCGAUCUGUCUUGAACGACCAAUGGGCGUCUCAUCCGACCUGGGCUUCAGAAGAUUCUGGAUUCGUCGCCCAUCGCAAGAACGGGUUCGAAGAGAACCUGCAUCGAAUCGAGGAAGAGCGACACGACUACGAUUUCAAUAUCGAAGCAUGCAACCGCACUAUCCAACAGCUGGAACCGAUUGCCAAUCAACUGCUCACCAUGAAGAGCGAUGACCGAGCGACCUUCACACUACCUCCUGGUCUUGGUGGACAGAGCGAGACCAUCUACAAACGCGUUAUCAUGAAGAUAUACGGCCGUGAUAAGGGACGGGACGUUAUCAAAGAACUCUUCGAGAUGCCAUGGAGUGUGGUUCCUGUCUUGCUGCACAGAUUAAAGGUCAAGCUAGAGGAUUGGAAAGCCGCCCAGCGUGAAUGGGAGAAGGUCUGGCGUGAUCAGACUCAAAAGGUCUUCUGGAAGUCUCUCGAUCAUCAGAGCAUCACAGUCAAGCAGACAGACAAGCGACAAUUUCAACCGAAGUCGCUCACCAACGAGAUCCAAGUCCGGUACGAGGAGCAAAAGCGACUUCAGACGAUUCAAGAGAUCCCUCAGCCUGAUUAUCAGUUUGUGUUUUCGUUCAAGGACGAGGAGGUUCUCUUUGAUGUGGCUCGCAUGAUGCUUACGUUCGCGGACAACAACAGUGGUGCCGAUUUUGCCAAGGUCGUUCCAUUCAUCAGAGAAUUCGUACCAUUGUUCUUUGGGCUUGACACCGAAAAGUUUCAGCAACGGGUGCAGCUGUCGGGUCGCAACACUCCCAACGAGUCUGGCGAAGACACUCCUAGUCCUGACGAUGACGUUUCCCAGCGAUCCCAGAAGCCAAAGAAGGGCGAUCUCCGUCGCGACGUCCUUGAUCCCCGUGGUAAGUCACGAAAGGACAAAGAUGAUGGCGUUGCGUCAGCAAGCAGGGACACCACGCCAGAAAUUCCAUCUGGCGCUGAAGACGAGACCACCGCCGAGAGCUCGAAUUCAAACCGCAGUGAGCGACCAUCUGGCCACUGGGUGGACUAUUCGGCUGGUCCUACGGCGCUCGGCGACAAGGAGUUUGAGCAUGACGAGCACUAUCAACGCACAGAGUACAACAUGUACGCCAACGCCUCGAUCUACUGCUUCUUCCGCAUGUUUGUAUACCUGUACGAAAGGCUGCUCAAGCUUAAAGAGAGCGAGGAGGAAGUUCGAAAAGUCGUCAAUCGCGCCAAGGAAUCCAAACCUGCGCAGAGGCUCAAGAUGCUCGACAAGCAGCCUGAAGAUUUCUUCAAGGAUACGUCUGCGUCGGCAAACUACUAUCAGCAGGUCCUCGACCUCUUCCAGGAUCAAAUUCUUGGCGAGACGGAUAUGAACUUCAUUGAAGAAACGUUACGCCGGUACUACUUGCAAAUAGGGUGGCAAUUGUACUCGUUUGACAGACUGCUCAGCUCGCUGGUGCGAUCCGCGCUGGCAGUUGUAAGCCAAGACAGCAAGGACAGGAGCCUUGAUAUUUACAAUCUCUUCAGGAAGGACCGUAUCAACGACACCACGGCGCACAAGACCGAGAUCAACUACAGGAAAGCUGUUGAGAAGUUUGCCAAGGAUGCCGAUACUUACCGCAUCACUUACGACCCCGCCAAGAUGGAAGCAUAUGUCCGGUUAUUCAAGAAGGACGACCCAACCUUCGAGUUCAAUUCUGUCGACCGCGUCAAGCGGUGGAGAGCAUAUGUAGCAUCAUAUACGGCCGUCGAGCCUACCGAAGAGGUCGACAUUGCUCGCGUCCACUAUCCAUACCUCAAGAAGCGCCUUGCGAGGAACCAAGAUAUUUCGGACGCAAACCGGUUGGACCAUGUCAAGCACAGUGACAAGAUCACGGUAUCCAUCAACCCGGCCGCCUAUGUCAUGACAUUCAUUCACAGCGAACCUUCCGGUACCGGUGGUGUUCAGUACUUCCUCCAGCCUGAUGUUGUCCGUGCAGGUGUCAACGAGGUCUUCCCUAAUCCUACCGAGGAGUUCAAGAUCCUCAACGACUCGAGGCGUGAUCUCACCCAAGAGAAGCUGGUCCGGAACAACACAUGGAUGAAGGACCUCAGUCGGGAUGAUGUGGACACGCAGAAAGCGGCUUUCAAGAAAGAUCUCGAGCAGGCGAGGAGUGUUGAGGACGAUGAGGAUGUUGAGAUGGCGGAGGUGUAGUUGGUUUUUUUGGUUCAAAUGUUUCUUCUUUCUUCGACGCACACAUAUAUACCUUUUCUUGUUUGACGGCUUAGGGAUGUCCGGCGCACAAGGUGGGUAUGCGAGAUGAGGUUGGAUGUGUUGGGUUUUUGACGAUGGGGUAGGUUCAAGGGGGGUUGCAUUGUGGGGUGCAUGAGCGAGCAGCGAUGCGGUGCGAUUCAUGGAUUUGUAUAUGCUUCUCGCAUGGCGUUUGGUCUGAUGCACCCGACUCAAAUUUAUAUCCACGUUCUAGUCUCUCAAUCAAAAAAUAGUACUAUUCU